CCACCUUUUUUGGCCUCCACGGCGGCAACCCCGGCCCCUGCUAACGUCCUCCGCCUGUGGGACUGAGCGGGGAAGCUCACGGUAGUGGCGGCCAAGGAGAGGGGCCGGCCUUGCCAGGAAUAAAGAGGGAGGGGAGGGGAAAAAGCCAGCUCGCCCACCCCGCUCCCGGGCGGAGGGCGGGGGCAGCGCGUCCCGCGGGCCGAGCGCGUCUCGGGCUGAGCGCAUCUCUCCGGAGCGGCGCGGGAAGGAUGCUGGUCGGCAGGGGCGCGCGCGCGGGGCGCGGGAUGCCGCGGGGCUGGACCGCGCUCUGCCUGCUCAGUCUGCUGCCCUCUGGGUUCACAACUAUGGAAAACAUAACUUCUAUUACCACAAAUUCAACCUCCCAAGAAUUAACUUCAGCUGUUUCUGCAAAUGUAUCCAACCAGGAAACCACCACACAAAGUCUUCUUGGAAGUACCACCCUGCUCUCUGUCUCUCGGGACACCAGUGGGACCACAACAGCCAUCUCAGAGACUACAGUCAACAUCACAUCUACCUCUGAGAUCAUCCCAGUGUCUGGGACCAUGAACUCUACCAUCCAGUCACAGACCUCUUUAGCUAUCACAGUAACUUCUAUCCCCACCAACUUUUCAACUUCAGCUAUGACCUUGCAGUCCAGACUCCCACCUGGAAAUGUUUCGGAUCCUCCAUACAAUAGCACCAGCCUUGUGACAUCCCCCACUGAAUACUAUACAUCCUUUUCUCUUACCCUAAGUAUCAUCAAGGGAGAAAUCAAAUGUUCCCAAGUCAAGGAAGUGAAAUUGACCCAAGGUAUCUGCCUAGAGCUAAAUGAGACCUCCAGCUGUGAGGACUUCAAGAAGGACUAUGAAGAGAAACUGACCCAAGUGCUAUGUGAGAAGGAGCAGGCUGAGGCUGGGGCCGGGGUGUGCUCCUUGCUCCUGGCCCAGUCUGAGGUGAGCCCUCACUGCCUGCUGCUGGUCUUGGCCAACAGAAUAGAACGUUCCAGUAAGUUCCAGCUUCUGCAGAAGCACCAGACUGACCUGGAAAAGCUGGGGAUCCGUGGCUUCACCGAACAAGAUGUUGGGAGCCACCAGAGCUAUUCCCGCAAGACCCUGAUUGCACUGGUCACCUCAGGGAUCCUGCUGGCUAUCUUGGGAACCACUGGCUAUUUCCUGAUGAACCGCCGUAGCUGGAGCCCCGCAGGAGAAAGGCUGGGCGAAGACCCUUAUUACACGGAGAACGGUGGAGGCCAGGGCUAUAGCUCAGGCCCUGGGUCCUCCCCUGAGUCUCAGGGAAAGGCCAGUGUGAACCGAGGGGCUCAGGAGAACGGGACCGGCCAGGCCACAUCCAGAAACGGCCAUUCAGCAAGACAACACAUGGUGGCUGACACGGAAUUGUGACUCGGCUGGGUGGGGUGAGGCUGGGCAGGGUCUGGGGAAGGAGCCCCUCCCUGCACCUGACAACAGGCUGCCUCGAUGCUGGAGCUACCAUCCCUUACAUUCUACCCUUUCCUGUCGCACACACCCUUGGAGGCCAUUCCUGGGGCCCUGCACUGCACCAAGCUGAGGGGUUCUUUCCCCCUGGGGGACCGGGAGGUGACGCCUGCCUUUUCCACGUUCAGCUCGCUAAGCCUAAAAUUUGGUCUACUUUGAGCAAAGGUGUGAGGGGGAAAUUCCAAAGUGCAGAGAAGCUCCCAGGGUUGGGGGGAGGAGGGGACGAUCUUGCAUUGUUCACACAUGAGCUUCCCUCUCCCUCCUCUCUGCCUUAUUGAAAGAACCCACAGGGGAAGCAUGGGCUUUUCUGGGCUACAGUUUCCUCCCAGGAGGCUUUGCCUUUUCCUGUUUCUUCCUCAUGUCUGUCUUCUCCAAUUUAGGGAAACCAGAGCAACCCAGUGUACCCAGUCCUUUGUAAUGAUAUAACCAACAAGACUCGUUGUCUUAAACUGUCUCCCUUAUGCCCACGCCAAGUCAACUGUGGAUUCAGGCACUGGCUUCCCUCCUGCUCUCCAGGCUCCCCUGAGCUCCAAACCUUCUACUCCCACAUCUACGUACAGAAGCCUGCACUGUUUUCCGGCUGAGCCUGGAAGGAGGCUCCAAGUUUUGAACAAUGUCUUGUGUCUGUUUGGGAAGACAGAGUAGGGGUGCAUGGACACGUGCAUUCCUACCUUUGGGGACAAAUGAGGGAAAGGGAAUGGCUCAGUCCUUGUCUCUCUGGGGCUCACAGAGUCUCAUCCUGGGCCUCGGUUUCCCCCUGUGGGUCCGAGUGAACGGGAACAUGGGACCAGAUCUUUGAGCCAAGCCUCUUGACCUGUGCAUCUCUGAGGAAGUCCCUUGUUUGGAGGCUGGGUCCUGGCCUUAUCCUCUGAUCUGGAUGGCUUCCUCCUUCCUCCCCCUGACUCCUGGGCUGGGCUGUGGACUCAGUCUCCCAGCAGAAUCCUUUCUGUCUCUGCUUCCCCCACCCGAGACCCUCACUGCUCUGCACCCCCAUGUAGUCAGGUCCCCUCGACAACUCCAGAGGACCUUCAUCACAAGCCGCCGCCUCUGUAGGUAGCCCGGGUUCUUAUUUGCAUUUUUGUUUUUUUUCCAGAGGGGUGAGCAGGGAUCCUGGUUUCAAUGACGGUUGGAAAUAGAACUUUCCAGAGAUAGGAAGACUGGGUGGAUUUUAUUUCAGAAUACAAAAUGGUGUGUGUAAAUACUGUAAUUAAAGUGAUACUGAGACACAUC